GUGGAACAGUUGGGGCUAUGAGUCACACACGGUUCUAACUUUCAGUGCUUGAUUGCAUAUCCACCAAGUCAAACAUAAAUAGCUUAUACGAUAAUUAUAUGCUCAGUCAGUGUUUUAGAUCGACAGGAUCUAUUAAUAAGUAAAAAGGAAUAGGAAAAACAAGUUUUUUUCCUGUGCUUGGUUCCAUUAUAUAUUGAAGGUGUACAUUUUUACACACAUCGACACAAACAUCUUGAGGUGCAACGGAUUUUUCUUCGCAUAUAAGUGUUUGUGAUAUAGCUGUACUUGUGCUACAUAAAGUGAUCGAGAUCACUUGCAAGUUUAACGGACAAUUGAUCUUUAUCUCGUGCAUGUUGUUUUGAAUUUUUUUUUCGCUUGAAGCCUUUCAAUAGUGAUUAAAACCUUAUCGCAGCAAAAUAGACGAAAUACAGAAACAGCAAACCGAUAGAGUCAGAAAGUCAUGGGAAAUAAUUAAUUGAAUUGAUAAAGAGGAAAUCGAUGGCAAAAAAAGUUUUAAAAAAUGAUAAAAGAUGAUAAGUCAGACAGUUGAGUAGUAGAGGGAAGCCGACAAAAGCCGGGACGAAAUCAAUCGUUAAAGACGAGUGGUGGAAAACUCGAAUCAAAAACAAGUUUUGCGCUCCGUUUUUCAUCUUUUCCCGCCUUGUUCUGCUUGUUGGUUAGUUUGACGGCACAGUGCGUGACAUUAUGGGGUAUGGUAUGUUUUAUCUACAUCGUAGCGUCAUCGUCUGAACUUUGAUAACCGAGCUAGGCAAACAAGCGGCUUGAUUUAGCAGCUUCGGUAAUGAUGAGAGAUGACAGUUGACAAGUUCACCUUUACAGUGUUCAGACUAUAGACGAAGAAUGAUUUGAAUGACGAACCGCUAGCACGUGUUGAGUUGGAAUACCAAAAUAAAAUGGGAAAUUUUUUGAAUUGCUAUCAUUGACCGAAUUCACUGCAUUUCGCGUCAGUUUAUGUUGUAGGAGAGAGAGUGUGUGUCGAUGUUUUUGAAACUAGAGUAAACAAACUAUUUUGGCUAUACACUGUUUGAAGGAUCGGCUGAUCGGCUGGCAGAAUAGCUGAAGUGGUCCUGUUGUGCAAGUGAGCUUUGAUUGACACCGGUUACGAAUGAUGCAAGUAAAUAUCGUAAGUAAAUAACCUUUAGAUGACACGGUGGUAAAAAUCUGAGCCCGUUGGUAGAAAGUGAUAACUGGUGUACGUGGGCAGAGUGCGUCACUUAAUAAUGGACAUACCGGGUGUUAACGAUGGCUGGGAACUGGAGGUCAAUCCGUUAAUUCAGGAAAUGGCUCAUCAUCGAGAUGAUGAGUACUUCAAUCCACAGGAGUUGUUGGUUGGUGGUGGACAGACGACAACAGCCAGUUCACAGUCACCAAUCUCGGCCACGAAUGCUCCAUCAUUGAGCCCGGGUGGAUCGGCAACAGGCGCGCCAUCAGGUGCCUUAAGCCCCGGGGCUGUCUCACAAACCUCAAACAAUGCGCCACCGGCAACCUCCUGCUGUGAGAAUGGCAGGCCCAUUAUGACCGAUCCUGUAUCAGGACAAACCGUAUGCUCCUGCCAGUAUGACUCAGCCCGGUUAGCCUUGUCCAGCUACUCCCGAAUACCGACCGGAAGUGUUGGAGUUUAUGGCACACCUUACCCGUCAACUGAGCAAAAUCCGUAUCCUAGCAUCGGAGUAGAUAGUUCAGCAUUUUAUUCACCUCUUAGCAACCCGUAUGCUUUAAAAGAAAGUGGACCAACUAGUGAUAUGAGCGCAUGGACAUCGGCAGGUCUACAACCAACGACCGGAUACUACCCGUACGAUCCGACGCUGGCCGCCUAUGGGUAUGGCGCUGGUUAUGAUUUAGCGGCCCGCAGAAAGAAUGCAACCCGCGAGUCCACCGCAACGCUGAAGGCGUGGCUCAACGAGCACAAAAAGAACCCGUAUCCAACUAAGGGCGAGAAAAUUAUGCUGGCGAUCAUUACCAAGAUGACACUGACACAGGUGUCCACCUGGUUCGCGAACGCACGCCGGCGGCUGAAAAAAGAGAACAAGAUGACGUGGGAGCCCAAGAACAAAACAGACGACGAUGACGAUGCAAUGGUGUCAGACGACGAAAAGGAUAAGGACGACAUGGAUCCGGACAAGAGUCGUGAUCAUAAAGAUAUGCAUCAUCAUGUGAAAGCCGAACACGAGAAGGAUGAGGAUGACGAUGAUCUCACCGAUGACGAACGGAAGCCGGAAAACUUAAUGGGGCAUCCGGGACAUUUGGGGCAGCACCAUCCGUACUACCACCAUACGAUGCUCGGGGGACACCACCACCAUUCAGGACUCAAAUCAGAAUUGGAUCAUCCAAAAAACCAAACGGGCAGCGACUGUGGAGUGCCGAUUCCAGCCUCAAAGCCGAAAAUCUGGAGUCUAGCAGACACAGCCGCUUGCAAAACCCCACCACCACAGGCACUACACAGUUCUUGGAUGACCGGCGGCUAUCACCCAGGACAGCAUCAUCAGCAACAGCAUCAACAGCAGCAGCAACAGCAACACCAUCUACAGCAACAGCACCUCCAACAACAGCAGCAACAUCUGCACCAACAGCAGCACCCGGGCAGUGGGAUGAUGAUGGGAGACGGAAAUUCCCCUAUGAAUAUGAAUAUGGUAAAUACCCCCCACAACCCAGGUAUGGGGACUAUGGGCAGUGGUAUGAUGAACAAUUUCGCGAGUACCCCUUAUUCCCGUUAUGGGGGGUUUCUAACCGGAACUCAACAUUACAAUACUACCCACAACAACAACAACAACAACAACAACAACAGCAGCAGCAGCAACACCAACAACAAUAUCAACAGCAAUACGACUACGGGUCAAGUGACGGGUGCUACAACUCCCACUUUACAGCAGCAGCAGCAGCAGCAGCCGCUGCAUCUUCAGCAAGGAAUGCACCAACAACAGCAGCCACUGCAACAAUCCCAGCAACCUAUGAACACCAGCAACAAUUCCCAGCCGAUGGGGUUUCCAGAGGUUCAGACCGACACCCCACCUCAAACCCCUCCGAAUAUGAAGUUACCCAGCGUAGCGGGGAACCUUCUUACAGCCUCAACAACCCCUACGACCGCUACCUGUUAUAAUGGUACCAAUAACGGCAGUAACGGCAAUACAAAUAAUAAUAAUAACCUCACCUCAAACAAUAACAACCUAAACCAGACGAAUGGCUAUGCGUCGUCACCGGAAUCAAUGGGACAAUCCGGCAAUCAGCAAGGGCAGUCGCAAAAUAGUUACUAUCGAAUGCAAUCAAAUUCCCCGCAGAAAUCCCAGCAAGACUACUCGCAGCACAUGCUUCAUCAACAAGAUGGCUUCAAGCCAUUCUACAAAAACACACCGCAGGUCGGCAACGGUUUCGUAUCACCGGUCUAAAGCUCGGCUUAGUUGCGCGUACACAAUCUAAAUGAUUACUGUUGAAGCUGAUGAUGCGAGCUGAAUUUGGACCCCAGUUUGACCAUUCUUUUCCUAUUUUCAUCUCGGCCAAUCGCUACAAGUGAGAGAAUUUUUAGGCUUUUACAAUGUAUCGAAUUGAAAACAUGAGCGCAAGAUAUCCAUCAACAGACGUAUUUGAUUGGACAAGCCGAUGAAAAAAUCGCUAUCCGCCUAGUAGCAGCAACCCGCGGUAACUAAUGACGGCUAGAGAGUGCAGCCGGUCUCCCGGUCAACACAAACUGGAUGCAACAAUUUUCUUAUCGCGCGACUGUUUUUGUCUCUGAUUCUCACCAUACGCGCAAAAUCUUCCCUGGCUUGAUGCCUGCAACACUACACUGAUUAGCGCAAAAACUAGCACUAUUACUAUUACCACUACCAAUACGAACAAACGAAAUACUGACCCGAAUGAUAGGAGAAACCAAAUUUUGUUGUAUACGAGAUUGAAGGUUGAACUACGAGGAUUCGAAACAAAAAAGCCUAAAGCAGAUCGAGUAGAUAUUUUACAUUUUCCAAGUAGAAACAGGGCUAUGUGCAAACAAAAAUAUGUAUAGAAUGGAGAAUAUUUGUUUUGACAGCGUCAAACUAUUUUGUCUGUAGCCUAAUUUUAUCGAAAAGCGUUGAUCACAAGAAUGAUUUUAUUGCCAAUGGAUCCUUUCCUACUGUAAAGAUACGUGCAAUUCUUUUUCCUAUCUUUAUUACCUAAUUCCAGUGUAUUGCACUGUAAUCGUAAACUUCUUCUCUAAGAAAAACAAAAACCAAUCGAUUGUUUUAAUAUUUCGGCCUUGUAAAAUAUUUCACAAUAAAGCAAAAUCGAAAAAAUGUCGAGAAACGCAUUUGUAAUCUGUGAUAACGAAAAAGUAUAUAAAAAUAUUGAACAUAUUUAACACUAACUUAAGGCACGCUGAAAUCCUUUUUAUUUUAGUAAAAGCAAAUCUUCUCCGCGUUUCACUUCGUUUACAAUUGCUCUUACAAUGGGAAUGGCAGUCUCAUAUCAGAAAAUGAAACCACUAAAAACAGUUGCAAUCAAUUUUAACAAUUAAAUUCGUUGAUGUUUUGUAUAAAUGUAAUGGGUCUAAGACGAUGAGAGGUUGAAGUGUGGGUUGUUUGGAAUAUGGUAAACCAAGCUGAGCAAGUGCGAAAUGGAUUACUAAAUAGUGAUCGACACAUACCCUACUUUGUAACAUUCUUGAUAUCGUUUGUAGUCUUUUCGUUGAAAAAAUCUCGCAGAUAUGUAAAUACAUCGUUUCAAAUAUUAUUUUUUGCUAGAAGCGAAAUCCAACGGAAACAUUUAGUAAACAUUGAACGCAAGUUUUUGAAAGGGUAACGAAAAAACUUUUGUAAAUAGUGACCUAUACAAGCCAAUUUCAUAAAAAUCCAACAAGUGUUGAACUGAAAAGUGAUGUGACCAUUUGCUAAUCCUGGUUUGCGGUCUAGAACCAAACUUUUAAUAGCAUUUUCUGUUAUUUCAAGCAUCAAACAUUAUAUAGCAAAUGAACCGGUAAAUAGUCGUUAAAUCACCUACACCCCUCAACAAUUUCACGCAAAUGUAAACAGAAAUUCGUUCAUGCUGAGGCUUGUCAAGUCUGCUCGGUUUCCCAUAGUUUUCAUACAUACACUAACAGAAGCGCAAAUAACACAGCAGAAAAUUCAUCAAUUAGUAAACAAAUCACUAUUUAAAUCAUAAUGGUAAAAGAAUCAAGCCACUUGAAUGUACACUUCUAUCUGCUAUCAUAAAAGGAAAAUACUAAAUGAAAUAAGAGGAACGUACAUCUAUAAUGAUAGUUAAUAUUAUUAUUAUUAUAAUUAUUAUUAUUAUUAUUAUCACUGAACAAAACAAACAAAACUUAUAUAGUGAAGUAAUACAUACAGAAAACCAGAAAACAUUAUAAAUUAUAUAUAUUUAAACGAAAAUCA